CAGCUAUUCCAAUCUGUAAUACACCUGCAGAUGAUUGUCACGAGCUCGCCACGUGCACAGAUACUGGUCCUGGUGAAUACAAGUGUACGUGCAACGAAGGCUAUACUGGAGAUGGAAAGUCCUGUGAGGGUAGGUGCAUCUAAUUAAUAGAUAAUCGUGAUGGGAAAGACUAAUUGCGCCAAGACAUAUCUUCGUCUUUAAUAUGUAUUCCCAGAGCUCAAAUUUAUCUAAUUUUUUUCCUCCAAAUUAUUUUCGUUGUGGGAAAAAAUAACCUUGUACUUGACAACGAGGGUUUUUAAAAUUACUUUCCUUGCGUGCUAGCGCAUGUAAACGAUUUUCCUCGUUGUCAUGUAAGAAUCUGCACACAUUUUGAUGACAAGUUAUUGAUGCAGACUAACUACAAGUCUGUUGCAGGUUCGUCAAAGGUUUGUCGUUUUUACGUGUGCAUAAGACAAAAAUUCCUCGGAUCUGGUAAAUUCAUUAGCAUCUUCAUCUUCUAGUGUUGAAGAUAUGUGGUACUCCAAAGGAUUACUGUCAUGAGUUUGCCACGUGCACAGAUACUGCUCCAGGCGAAAUUAGAUGUACUUGUAACGAUGGAUAUACGGGAGAUGGAAGGAACUGCGAUGGUUUGUAUGCGAUUAUUGCUUUUAUUAAAUUAAAUUAAAUUAAAUUCAACACAAGCCAACACAACACAACACAACGCAACACAACAUGUACCAUACCAUACCAUAUCAUAUCAUCAUAUCAUACCAUACCAUACCAUACCAUACUAUAUUAUAUAAUACCUUAUUUAAUUUUGAUCGUUUAAUUGGCUGUUUAUGGUCACGUGAAUUUCCCAAGAGUGCAAUGGAAUACGUUCCAUUGUACUCUUUGCGAGUGCAAUUCAGUGUACUAUUAACAAUUAUUGAAUGAGGUUGAACACGAUAUGAAGAAUUAUCAAGCCCGAAGUUUGCCGUUAUCAACCGAAGCCGAAGGCUGAAGUUGAUAACGGCAAACUGAGGGCCUGAUAAUUCUUCAUAUUGUGUGAAAACCGAAUUCAAUAAUUGUUUUAUUAUUUAUUUAAAAAAUUCAAAACAAACGGUCAUCCAUUUGUUCUUGAAUAACUUAGUUCUAGCACUUCACUUGAUUGAAUUAAUAUUAGGAUGUUAGGGCUUGUAAUCCAAGUGAGAAUAUAUACAUUUUAAGACCUAACCAGGAACGACUGCGAAAAAUGCAGCACAAGGUCCUGUGGUAGGAAUCGAACCUACGGCCCUGUGAUUCCGGAGCCCGCGUUAAUAAUCAGCCAAACAAGAAUUAGGAAAAGUGUUCUUACCUAUUCUAGAAGCUUUUGUUUAUUUUUUUGUAUUUAACGAAUCUUUAUCUUCCAGUAAUUUUUGAAUUUCGGCUUUGCCAAGGUUGGCGAACCUUUCAGUGGAAGAAGCCAUUUGUAUUUUACUUGUCAAUUAAGAAAAAAAACAAUUCUUUAGUCCUUCUGCAGCCGUCGUCGUCAUAUCUAUGGCGUCAGCGAGUUAAUAUGAUUCUCGUCGUCAUAGUAAUAUGGCGCAAACGCGUCCAAAUUUUUUUCAUAUUGACUCUUUGACGUCAUUUUGCUAUUAUGAAUGUGAAAAAUCCAGAUUUGGUUAGCCAUUGAGUUGAUAUGACAAUUUCACAGUUGGCUGUUAGCCAAUCAGAACCAGGAAUUUUUUAAAUAAAUAAUAAUACGUUUUAUUCCAUUGCACUCUUUGUGUUUUCGAUAAAUCGCAUCCGUCAAAAUGCUUCUCAUACGAAUCUAUUCAUUUAUUUUGGUAUUAUAUAAAACAAAUAAUGAAUGUUUAUUAAUUCGUGCAAUGGUAAGAAUAUUUUCAUUCGGUGAAAGAUGGAAUGUUCCAUUCAACUCGGCUGUCGCCUCGUUGAAUGGAACAUUCCAUCUUUCACCGAAUGAAAAUAUUCUUACCAUUGCACGAAUUAAUAAACAUUCAUUAUUUGUAUACCAUACCAUAACAUACUAUACUCUACCCUAUCACAGUAUGUAUAUCAUACCUUAUCAUACCAUAUAUACUAUACCAUGCAAAUAUGCUAACCUACCAUACGUAUAACGAAGAGGACUAUAAUUCCACUGUGGUUUAACAAAUUCUUUCUUCUUUUUCUUUUCAUAUUUUUCACGCAAAAGCGGAAAGAGUAAUUGUGAGUAUGAAAGCAACUUCAUUCCUUUUUGGGAUGGCAAAUAAUGUGUGACAUGUUUCAGACGUUUUGUAAGAUUUAUGAAAAAGAUAGCCAGUUAAAUUAGACUUCGCAAAAUCAAAUGUUAGCUAUUGUACAGUACCUUAGAAUAGCGCAAAUAUAUAGGCUGGCCUGCAUUAUGUAGUAUUUAAAACACGAGAAAGAGACUCAGUGUUUUAUCAUUUUUAAAACGCGAGGCGCAGCCGAGCGUUUUAGAUAUGAUAAAGCGCGAAUUCGAGUGUUUUGAAUAGCUUAAAAUACGACUACAAAAGAACCCUAAUUAGAAUGAACAAUUAUAUAAUCAUACUAAUUAGGAUGAACAAUUAUAUAAAGAAUACUAAUGAAGAUGAGUUUUAUCAGAUAUAAAGUCACUCCACGUGACAUAUUAUGGCUGACAUGAUUUGCCACAAGGUUUAUGAAUUUUUAAUGAGUAUAUUUUAAGCCAAUAUAAAACGCCACCACUACUGCCGGUUUCAAGCAAGGCGAUCUUCAGACCACUCUCACGCUAACAUUUUAAAUAAUUAACUUUAAAGGAACGAAAUGUAUAGUAUGGUAACGUCAUACACAUAUUUUUCAGUACAAAGGUCCUCGUGGUGACAAAGGAAAUAAAGGACCGCCAGUAAGUUUUGUUCAUAUCUUUAAUGCAUUUAGAGGGCCUUAUAAAUAGCCUGCUCAGCAGCCCCCACGACCUAGGUCCUCCGGCUGGAAUCCGGUGCAGCGCUCUUAAUUUAAAAUGGAAAUCAAGGUGUUUUUUUUGCCAUACCUGAAUUCCAUAAUUUUAAGAUUAAAGCAAAUAUUGCACCGACCUACAAUUCCCCCAGUUCUGAAGCAAAUUGCCGGAGUAAGAUAUUCUUACCUUUAAAUAUAAAUUUCGUUUUUAGGGUGAAGUUGGAGCAGCUGGAGCAGGUGGUGCAACUGGGGCUGGUGGAAGGAGGGUAAUAAUUUAUUUAAAUCAAUGACUGUCAUUUUCUGAAACAAUUACAUGUCUAUAUUGUGCAUAUACUUGACAGCAUGGAAUCGUAAUGUAAUUUGCAAAAAAUAGGAAUAUAUUGAUCUUACUAUAUUUUCAAUUUAUCAUAAAGUUUUUAAUUAAUUAAUUAAAAUAUUAUUUUAUGAUAAUUUUCAUUUUUAGACUAAUUAAAAUCUCCCUCUGCAUGUUCAUACCUAAUUAUCAUAUUUGGAAAAUUUGAAACCUUUCCGUACAUGCAUUAGUUUCCAAGAACAUUUUCGUGCUUUCUUGGGGGCCCCCCUUUCUUCAAAAUUUCCAUACUAUGGAAGUGUGCAAAACUUUGGUAGUUGAAUUUCCACAGUAUGAAAUUGUUUCAAAUUUUCCAGUGUAUUGUUAGUCAUUUCUCAAGAAUAUACAAGAAGUUUAAUAUUUACUUACUUUAUUAAUGUUUCAACUCUCUACAAUAUAAGAAAUAACAUUAACAGCCUGAAGAAGAGCACUAUUAACUAUUCGAAAUGUUGUUUUAAUAAGUUAAUAUUAACUUGAAAAUAUUCUAUUUGAGAGCUAUGUUGCCGUGUAUUUACAUCUAAUGUAUUGUGUAUUUAACUCACGAUUACACAUUUGACUCUGUAUGAUUUCAGGGUAUCCCAGGAGCAAAGGGAAUUCCUGGUAGAGAAGGUAAUCAAGGUCCAUUUGGUCAAGCUGGACUUGCUGGUCCCCCCGGAGGAAUGGUAUAUAAUAUAUAUAUAAUAUGCAGUAUAUAUAUCUUAAUUAUCUACAUCAGAAGCUGCAUGAUUGUAUAAAAGAGUAGUUAUACUGUAGUUAACUACAUUUAAUUCGAAAUUCAGCAAUUUGCGUGGGAAUUGUGGUUAGUUAAAAAGUGGUUAAGAGUUCACACAACAGGCUUUAGGAGGUUCAGUUGCAUGACUCAGUUGUUACCUUGGUUUUCUAGUCUGUGACUUGGUUUGUUUGCUUGCAUGCUUGCUUGUUUGUUUGUUCGCCGUUUGUUCGUUUGUUCGUUUGUUCGCUUGUUUGUUUGUUUGUUUGUUUGUUUGUUUGUUUGCUUGUUUGUUUAUUUGCUUGUUUGUUUGCUUGUUCGUCUAUCACAACGCAAAAUGUAUCAAACAGUUGAAAACGAAAGUUAUUUUAUUUUCAGAUUCUUUCUUUUGCCGCUGGAUAUCUCGAUGAAGGAAGGGAAGCUGGAAGUCAAGCAAAAGGACCCACGGAAAGAGUUGUUAUCAAUCUUGGCGUACGAAAUUCAUAUAUAUUUAUUGUCCCUUUUUAGGGGACACUAUAACAAAUACGUUUUUGUACUAAGAAGUGUUUUUGUACAUCAACUUGUCGUCACGAAACGAAUUUCAUUCUAAGUUUGACGAUAAAUAAAGGAAACAUUCCUUAUGACGAGUUGUUUGACUUGAAUUUAGAACAGUCAUCAAAUAUGCAAAUAUACUCAACUUAAUACUGAGAUAACUAGUUGCCAUUUAGAGUAGAUAAAGACUUUAAAUAGUGACCUUACUUCACCUUAGGACUCACCUGACCACACCGACACCAUAGGACCUUACGUUAUGUCACCUUACCACACCUCACCUUACUUAUUUUAUUUAUUAGUUCCGUCAUAUUACAAUACACAAUACUAUAACAAGAACAAAAAUAAUUUACAUGACUAUAGGCAGGAUGACCGCAACAGCGUGAGCCAAUUACUGCGGGCCCGAAUUAGGACAUACAAACAUAAAAAGAAACUAAUAAAACCUACACCUCUUUCAACCUCUUUCUUUCAUUAUUGCAGUAAUAAAUUUACGUGGUGUUUCCACAAACAAUUAUAUUUUAUCGCCAUGCAAACAUUCAAAGAACUUAUAAAAAAAAAACUAUUUGAAUAAAACUAUAACUAAUAGCAGCACUCACCUCACCUCACCUCACUUCACCUCACCUCACCUUACCUUACCUUACCUUACUUUGCCUUACCUUAUUCUGUUGCAGCAAGCAAAUGUUGGACCUCGUGGAUCAAGAGGAAAGACUGGUCAAAGAGUAAGUUAUUUUGAAAACAUGUACAGGUGAUAUCACUUAAAAUACCAACCAUGCUUCAUAUUUUAAUAUUAAUAAAUUGUCAUUCAGGGUCCCAACGGUAAGUCAGGAUCACAAGGAUCACCUGGAGCGGUAGCUGCACGGGUACGCCCACUUUUAUAUUUUUAUUAUUUACCAAAAGUUGAUAUUACAAAAGAACGCUAGGUUACAAGGUCAUAAUAAAGAAAUACUAAUAUUGCUCAUUUUGAUCAAAUAAUUGAUCAUUUUGCUAUCGUAUAGCAAAUAAUGCAUUGUCAAAUAGAUGUGACGUUCUUAGAUUUUGUUCGGCGCGUAUGAGGUCAAUCCUUUCCGGGAGGGGCACACUCGAAAGAUGUCCGAAUUUUUAUGGAAGCUCGUAACCUGAAUUUAACAACUAUUGUAUAAUGAAUUUGCCCGAAUUCUCUUCAUGCUCGAAUUUCCUUGGUCUUCUAGAUAUCUGAGAGGGCAAUUGCCCCACCUCUUCUGUCGCGUAAGCUUAGGCAAACAUAUUGAAAGUUGAAAACUUGGAAAAUUAUGUUUGCGAGGCGAAAAUCGCACUUAUAAUUGCAAAACAAAAUGUGUUUCCAGUUUUGGAAAACAAAAAAUAGAGUUUUUAAGGGUGAGCAAACAAGUGUAAUAUGUAGUCCCGCAACCAUGUUUCCUAGUUUGCCUCGUGCAUAGCAAAAUUUUUCCGUGUGUUACAUUUUGUUGAUUUGGUAACAAAAUGUAAUCAAACGAAAUGAAAGUUCCAUCAAUUUUCCAUGCUCAACAUAUAUAUGUAUGGAAAAGAUUUUACUUGUUGGUAUGUUUUGCAAAAAGGUGAUUAGUUAAAAAAAUUAUUUGCAGGGUCCCCAUGGCCGUAUGGGUAAACCAGGAAUGGUGGGUCCUGAUGGAAAAGAGGUAAGUGCAUUUGAAAUAUAUGAAAUUACAUAUCACACGUGAAAUAUAUCUCGCAUUUCGGUAAUUAUACACGAUUGGAUGCAGGCUUGUACUUACUCAUCUAUGCCAUCAUGGAAUAAAGGGAUACAAAAUAUCAAUACAGAAAAUGGCGUUAUCAUGCAGUCAUUUACAAGGCAACUAGUAAUAUAAAAUGUUAGUAUAAUUGUUAUCUUCCCUUUAUCACGAAUAUGAACAAAUUUUUUUUCAAUUUUUUUUAUUCUAUAAACUUUGCCGAUGAAACAGUAUACAUAACAUAACAUAACAUAACAUAACAUAACAUAACAGGACAAAAACAAACGUACAUAAUGAAAUACAGUACAUACAUGACCACGACUGGGUGACCGCAACAGCGAAUAGCCAAUUCUGCGGACCGUUUUAAUUAAUUACUUUCGAAAAACACUUCAUGCCCGCACUACGUUAAUAUCAGUGAAUACAACCAAAAAGUCAUUAUCAUUCUAGUCUGUUCUGAGCUAAUUAUUUUAUUUAUAGGGAUCAAGCGGAAGUGAUGGUUAUCCUGGUCGACGAGGUAGCAGAGGAUUACCAGUAAGCAUUUUUAAAUUAAUACAUCUGUAUAUAUACCUGGCCAAAUUUGUUGACAACAUUAUGUUAGUAUGGGUAGUUUGGGGUCUUCCAACAAUUCUUCCAAGUUUUAAAACCACUUUAAAAAUGGCUUGCGUACAAUGGUAGGUUUGAAACACAAUUUUAGAAGGUGUUUUAUGAACUACUGUGUAAGUAUCAGACAAUUUGAUGUACAUUAAUUUCAACGCGCGACCUCUAAAACUUGGAGUUUAAUUUUUACCAUAGUAGAUUUUCACGCAUAAUUUUUAAACUUUUUGUAAAGUUGGUAAGAAAUCAAUCAUGCAUGCAUAACAUCAGUCAUGCGUGUGGUGAAUGAUCUGAUAUCUUUAUUUCGCAGGGACAACGAGGUGAUCGAGGCGAAACUGGAAUACAAGGGUAUCUUGGUCAUAUGGUAUUGUGUUCAAUUGUUUAGUAUCUAAAAUUGCACAUGUUUUACUUCUCUGAUUUAAGAUGGUCUGAAUGGACAUUUGCCAGCACUUUUGACAAUGGAAAAAUAUCUUAACUCAGGGCUGACAAAUAAUGAUUUACAAUUUCGAACUGAUACAUUACAAAACAUAUAACUGAAAAUCGGCAAGAUUACAGCUGGCAAUCUGGAAGGAAUAUUAGGCACUUGUUAAUUAAAGACCAAAUAGAUGACUGCAAUUCCAGAUUGUGUUUUAAGGUUAUGAACGCGCGUAUGCAAUUUGUUUGGGGAUUAUAUUAUAUUUUAUUUACUUAAAAUUAAGUUGGCAAUAUACCUGCAUGCAUGGUUCAAUUUAUACACAUUUGCUUUUAUUCUAGAAAUCUUAUAUAAUCUUAACAUUAAUUACUUCUCUUCUAGGGUUGGAGUGGCCGAGUGGGGAAAACGGGCAAACAGGGCGAAGUUGGAGACAAGGUAAAUAUACUUUCUAGGAGUACAGUCUUGAAUUUUAUUUGUUUUGAACUUACUGAUAGCGCUGUGCAUGCAAUUUGAAUAGGGGCAUUCAUCUAUCAGCAACAAUUGGGCUUUUAUUUUAUUAUGUUUUGCUCGAUGUACUGCAUGCAUGUAUAUAUGUGCAAAACAAUAUUAAAAUUACCCACAAGCCGAAUGACCAAUUACGGACAGAAAUUACGGACAUGGUUUAUUCUACUUUCUUCGUUCCUACGGCUAUAGCUGAUCUCUUUGUAAAACGUUUUUGUGGGUAUAAUUUAAGAGAAAGAAAGUGUUUGUCUUUACCGAAAGCAAGGACAGAAAUAAUGAAAAAGUCUAUUAGCUAUAAAGGACCAAUUUUAUGGAACAAUUUGAACAAUGAGACAAGAGAAAUAGAAAGUUGCAAACAAUUUUCAUAUUGUAUAACUAGUUUAGAAUUACGCGAUUCAAUGUUUAAAUAGAACUUUAUUAGUAUAAUCUAACUAUAGAGUAUAGAUAGAUAAUUAUGUAACCCACGACCCUAUCAGCUCUGUCUGUAUUUAAUUAUCGUGGUUAAAUAAAUGCUUUAACUAACUAACUAACUAAAAAAUUUGUGUAACACUUUGAAAUAAGACUUCAACAAUAAACAGUGAAUUAUACAGGGUGUAUCAAAAUAAACGCGAUUCAUCUUUUGUGCUUAAUAACUUUCGAAAUACUAUUUCUAGUUAAACGCUUUUAGGCUUACUUCAAAGCCUGUUCUUUUCUCUUUCAAACAAACUAUUAUCCUUGUUUCCAAUGCUAGUAAUAAUUGCACAAGUAAAGACUUAGUAAAACCUAUCAUUUUUAGUUGCUGUUUAAUUAUGCAAGUUUACUAUGUUAUUGUUUAGUCGGUUUAAAUGUUAGAAUUUUCUUCUUUAAACUUUAAUGUUGUCGUCACUACAUCUGGAAAACCACGUAAGAACAAAUUAAAAGUAUUUUAAAAGAGACCAGGUUGUUUGAAAAUCCUAAACGAAUGCUAAAAUCGUCAAAACAUUCUGGUGUCUGAGCCAGAGUGUCAUCGAAUUGCGAUGUAAUGUAAACAGAAAUUAUAGCAAGUUGAUGUCAGUCAGCUUAGAUGGUCCAAGCCAAAAUUAUAUCGCAUUUGAAGUUUCAAACUGAGUUAAAAAUAGUGGAAGAAAAGCCGUAAUUAUACUUAUUGUUACAAUCCAUUUAAUAAAAUGCAUUAUUUUUUGUUUUAAUGAAAAAAUCAGUUAUUUUCAUGAGAACGUUUACUAGUAUUCCAUCUCAAUUUUUUUAAUCUCCAAUCGCAAUAACGUAAAGUAUUAUUACCCGCGAACCAUGGAGUCAAAUUUAAGAAACAACCCACUGUUAGAAAGCUGAAUGGCUACGCUUUAAAAUGAAUGCAAACUUUAACGUUUUCAUCUAUUAUUUGUUUAGCAAUUUACAUUUCAGUCGAGGAUUGCGCUUUUUUUGAUACACCCUGUAUAUAACGUGACGUUGUUAAUCGCAAAAUCUGAGAAUAAAGUAGGUCGUUUGCAACUUGCCUCAAUCGCUGGCUGCAAAACAAAGUCUAUAUAUCGAAGAAUUAUAUUCAGUAUAAUGUUUGCCUGAUUUCAGUUACUCCCUCUUCUGCAUUUUCAAUAGUUGUACAGCUGAGGUUAUGGUUUUUCGACAUUUCUCUAAUUAACUGUAUGCUAAAAAUACAUGCAUGCAGAAACCCUCGCCUUGCUGAUAAAACCAUUAUAUUUUCCGAACUUGAAGUAUUUAAAUUAGUUGUCAUGAUAACACGAUAAUUUUAUUAAGAACAGGGGCGUAGGAACCGGGAGGGGGGGCACGAGGGGCACGUGCCCCCCAAAUUUUUUCAAAGGACUAAAAGUGCCCUUUUUUGUAAUGAAAAGUGCCCUUUUUUGUGAUGAAAAGCGCCCUUUUUGUACAAGCUAAUGUCGCUGUAAAUACUAAAUUAACAUCAAAGGUGCCCUUUUUGUUUGGAAAUUUCCACGUUUUUUAAAAAAAAAAUGCUCAAAAACGCGCAAUUUCGGUAUGGUACGACGGGAAAAAUCCCCCCCCCCCCGCCGUCGCCAACAUCUCCGGGAAAAAUUUUUUAGGUGCCUUUUCAAUACCCUAAAGUGCCCCUAGAAGCCGGUGGCCCCCCAUCUUUUGAUGCUUCCUACGCCCCUGAUUAAGAAUAUUUUUAAAAUUGAAAAAUUCCCCUACAAAUUAUCACUUUUAAUUACAAAAUUAUCAAUUUCCCAAAUAGGUCUAUGUAUAUUACAGUAGGUAUGUUAGAAUUAUACGUUACUUAGCUAUUAUACGUAAUAAAUGAAUUUAAUGUAGGAUUCGACCACAAACGCUUCGCAAAACGUUUUAAAAUGUUCUUAAAACUAAACUCCGAGUUUGAAAUAAUAUGAUUUCAAAUUCUCGCAUGCAAAUAACUUUGCUUUCCUCUUUAAUUAAAUACUUUAAUAAAAUAAAAAAGGGUAGUCAAUAAAUCAUAGGCAGCUCAGAAUAUAUAUAUAUGUAUUCAUUUAAAAAUGCGUUAAAACUUGAAAACACUUAAAAACGCGCAUAAAGUUCGCCUGACUUUGCUAUCUAGCGAUAAUAUUGUGUAGCUCAUUAUUGCCAGACUCACAUUGUUACGUUGUAUUAUUAUAUGAUAACUUCUUACUAUACUCGAUAGCAAAUCUUUCGGGGUUUUUAUUUCUCAAAAAGCUUUUGAAAUUUCCAAAAUCUUGCAGAAAUAAAAUUGUUAUUUCCGCUGUCGUCAUGUAGUUGUUAUAAUGCAAAUUUUAAAUUUGACUAAUCAGUGUUCGCUAUUCGUGACAGUCCGCUAUAUUGUGAGAUCAGUGAGGAUGACCAUCCACUCACGGUAACCCAUACCCAGGCGGUGAUCGCACUACGACCGCAAUGCAUUAUUUUGGAUAUUUUCUUCAAGAUGGCGGAUUUCGAGCACGAUGAAAGGUAUGUUGGCGCUCUAUUUUCUGCCACGUUUUAAAGUUUAAACUUUUUGUUUUUUCUUAAAAAGGAAGUUGCAUGUAAUAUUGUUAUGCUGUGUUACUUUUCAAAUCGAUAAUUUUUGGAAUUCGAUAAAAAAUAUCAUUUGAUUGUAAGCUCGUGUAUUUUUCCCAAAUACACUGGUCUGUUUACUUUUUCAUGUCACAGGUUAACCGUUCACACAUCACAUUUAAAAUUGCAAUUGGCAUAAUCUAUGAUCAUUAUUUGUGACCCAUAGACCUUGGCGCCCCUCGAUAUUGUAUCUUUUUGGGGCUUUUAAAUCAUGAUAUUUCCUUUGCUAAUUUCAGGUCUUCUUGUCCAGAGUUCAUGUUCUCCCGCUAUUUUGGGGAAGCGUUCGUGCAUCCCAGAGUCCCAUACGCCAGGCAAACAAAAAACAAAGCGGCAAAGAAAUAAUAAACGCAAAAGAGAAGCAAAAAACAUUUUCAAAUGGAAAAAAUAAUGUGUGUCAAAAUGAGCAAGACCAAUGGCAGACUAUUGGGCAACCGAAGAACAGACUUUAAUAAUGGGACUGUUUCAUAUUUAACAGGAUCAAUGACUGUCUGGUGGUGAAAAACCAUUUGUGCUUGUUGGAACUGUUUCUUGUAUUAUAGUCAGUUGGAGCAACUGGCAAUGACUCAGUAAACUUUUCUUUGGUUAAUUUUAGAUGUGUUAAAAUUUUUGCCAUUUCCACCAAGUUACCCAUACCAUUUGUUUGUAGCUUUAAAUAGCACCUGAAACAUGACAUGCAUACUGUAGUCCACAUUGCUGCAGAAUGCCUUACGUACUACGGAUGUAAAUAUAACACAGAUACAUGUACAGGCAUAAUACAGAUAGUGUCUCACACAAAUAGUGUACAGCAUUAUACCCAGGCAUUCACCAAGUCAAUGUUGAAAAUAAUAGUUCUGUGUAAAUUUUACCCCACCCAGGCCAUCCCAUUAAAAGCAGGACACCCAUGUCAAUAGUUGCACACAGUGUAUUAAUUAUGUAAUUACAAUAAAUUUGUUAUUCAUAUAUUUUAUAACACUUCAUUGAACAAUGUUUUACUAAGUUUAUACAUGACCACCAUCAUCAUUGAAAUGCAAACAAAAACAUCCCAUUUUAAUUAUUGUUAUACAUGCUGUACCUUUUCACACUGAUUUAGAGCAUUUGCACAUGACGUCACAGCCACCAUGUUGGUGUUCCAACAUUUUAAUUAGACUCUUGUCUGGAACACCAACAUGGCCGCCAUGGCUUUUGUUGAGUUGGCCCGUGGGGAAUGAGUGCAAACGCUCUAUACAACAAGGUCUGAAUCUUCAGACACUGCAAAACCGCAGCCUCAAAUCAAAGCGCCUGGGGACGAGGAACCCUGGCAAAACCAGCAUAUCCAUUAUUCACAAUAAAUGCAAUUUGUACAUCUGCUUCAUAUGGCGCCAUUAUAUGCUGAAUUGAAUAUCUUUUUCACAGCAAAGCUGAAAGGUGGAUAAUAACAAAUUGUUAAUUACUGCACACAACUAGUUUCCAAUUUACUCUCUAUAAUUUUUUAUGCAUUUGUACAUAAAAGGGGUGUCAUUUAAAAACAGGAAUUUGAAUUUUGCAAAACAAGUUGAUCAAACGUCUGAUUAGCAAGGCAUUGGCAUGGAUUAUAAAUUGUUGUGACAUUCCCGUGCACCAAUAAAAUGUAAAUUCUGGGGAGGGGUAUAGGCAAGGUGUAAGGAUAAAAAAUUUUUGGGUAAAUUCUAGUGAGUGGAAGGCUAGAACAAAGUUCUUGAAAACUAGAUAUUAUGUGGUUCAAUUUAAACCACAUCAUUUUUCUUACUCCAUAUAUUGUUAUGCAAGGUGUUUUUCUGCCAGCUGCAAAUUGCCAUUGCAAUGAUUUUUUAUUACUUAGGCGCUACUGUAUUUAUAUGAUCUUGGAUACUAGACACACCCAAUCCCCACCCGAGACAACUUUACUGCACAUUUAAUCUCUUCCUAUGAGAAUGGCUCUAAGUACGAGAUUGUGACUCCAUGGAAGCCGAGACAAACAUGUAAACACAUGGACAAACGUUGUCCCUCCUACAAGGGUAACCCUGUUUUGUAAACAGGGUGUCCCUACUGCCAGGGUGACCCUACCAGCCCAGACGAGUUGAAAACUUUCCAUAUAAACACUUGCAUUUAAAUGUUAUAUAAUGAAUAUAAUUUUGCCUCUCCCAGGGUAGCUCGGAGGGUAGAGAGUGUCUCUAUUACCCGAGAUCAUAUAAACAGCACCUCAGUUACAUUAUUAUCCCCUACCCCUCAACAUCUCUAUUCAAUGGUGCAUAAUAUUUACAAUAUUUGUGAUCAUACCAAAAAUUGAAUUGGCAUGGCAUACAAGUUAUGUGAAGAUUAUGAUUUUCAUCCCAUAGUUUUUAGGUAAGAUUGUGUAGUCAAACUAUAGAAAUUGUGACCGAUGAUGGCAUUGGAAGUACUAAAAUGAUGGGCAAAUUCUAUUAAAGCAUAACUAAAAUUACAUGGAAUUUUACAGUAGCUUGCAUAUUGUAUAUGUAUUAAAUAAUAUAAUAUUGCAGAAAAGUUUCCGUGUCUAUGCAUACUUUUACCGUAUGUCCACAACCCUGAAACAUUUGCAUAAUUAUAAUAACAAUACAGUCAUAUAAAGAACAAUAAAGUAAAUAGAAUAUACAUAAGUUUAGCGAUUGAAACACUGCACAAACCAAUAAGUAAACAUAUAAAUAAAUUAAAACAAACAUACUUGCGAUCAUCGCCAAACCUUUGAAACUCACAGCCAACGCUUCGUGCAGUCAGCAGGAUGCAUCGACUGCACAAACUUUUCCAGAAGUUCUUUGACAUGUACUGCCACUGUGAUUCUUUCAAGAAGGGCAAUAGACAAUUUUAUAUACCCAUCGCUCGGCCGUGCACAGUGUUUUCACCUCGAACGUCAGAACGCUAAUGAGUGAAUUUUUAUUUUACUCAUGAUGCAUUGCGGUCGUAGUGCGAUCACCGCCUGACCCAUACCCAUGCGCCCAAAAUUAUUGAUGAACUUUAGACUUCGCUAAUGCUUUCCUUUCCCCGAGGGUAAAUUCAGUGCUGUGCGGAAUUUAGGGAAUUAGUACCCUCGCCCCGGGCGGAACGGCGCCGUUGACUCGGGGAUAAGAAUACUGCACUACUGCCUCUGGGAACAAACGAAAAUGCAGAAUAGGCAGUAACUUGCCCCAAGCAAACAUUACACUAAAUAUUUCUACAAAUUUUGUUCUGCAACUAGCAAUUGAGGCAAAUUGCAAACGGCCUCCUAUAUUCCCUGAUUUUUCGAUUUACAACAUCGCGUAAUAUAAUUUACUGUUUACUGCAAAAGCCAUAUUUCAACGGUAUAUGCCAGGGACGUCGGAGCGGCUUUAAAAGUGGGUGGGGGGGGCACACAUUUUGGGGAUUCGGGUGAUGCCCCCCGGAAAAAAAUUGAAACUGGAGUCUCUGAAAUGGCAUUUCCUGCACUUUAGAAGGAGAUUUACAGAGUUCCAAAGAUAACAAAAUGUCAUAAAAUAUCUCAAAUUUUUUUCUCUACACUGAAAUAAUAACUCGUAACUGAAAUAAUAUCGAUUAACUUUGUGGUUUAUUAUUGAUCAUUGUUAAAAAGUGGGGGGGGGGGGCAGACAUUUAGGCCCCCCAACUAAAAAAGUGGGGGCUCCACCCCCGCUUCCGACGCCCCUGGUUUAUGCAAAUUACUAAGGAUUCCGAAGUAGAAUAAUCAUACCGUGAUUUCUGGCCACGAUGAUACUGUACUUAUUCAGUCACUAAAGCCAUCGCUUUUAAUCAUUUAAUGAGGACGGUGAAUAAAAUAAAACGGCGAAUAAAAUAAACCCUAAAAAAGUAACUUUUUACCCUGAGCGAAGAGCACUAACCGUUUCACCUGAGUUGUUCCUGCAGAGGUCCAGUAUAAUAUAACGGCCAUUGUUUAGAAGUCCACAGUGUCAGAGCUACUGGUAAUGAAAUCUGCAUGUGUGCCCAAGGACAAUUGGCAGAGGCACCAUUCUCACAUGCGAUAUAAACACUGUGCCACAUGUUGUAAAAAAGGAACGUGUGCUGAUGACCCGAAAUAUAUAUCGUAUUGGCUAAUAUAUGGAGCAGUAGCACACGAAUCUGUUACAUUUUAGGGUGUAAAUGGUAAUGUUGGCAAACGUGGAACACAAGGUACUAAGG